UUCUGCAUAUAGUACCUACUUGUACCACACUCAACUUUACGAAGCUCUGAAAAUGUGUUCUUUCAAGGUUAUGUUAAGCUUCGCUAUGAUUACAUUAGCAUCUGCUGGUCACUUAGCAGGGUAUAAUGCCUACAAUGGUUACAACGGAUUCAGUUCCGGCAACGGAGGAUUUGGUUACAGCGGUGGAGCCAACAUACCAAUUCUUCGUUAUGAUAACGUCAAUAAUGGCGACGGAACCUAUAGAUACAGUUACGAAACCGGUAAUGGAAUAUCAGCCCAUGAGAGCGGUGCCCCCCGAGCUUCAGGGCCUGAAGGUCCAGCUGUGACAGCUGAGGGCGGUUUCUCUUACCGCGCUCCUGAUGGACAGCAGAUCUCGCUGACGUACACCGCUGAUGAGAACGGCUUCCACCCCACGGGCUCCCACAUCCCUACUCCUCCUCCCAUCCCUGAAGCCAUACUCCGCUCUAUCCAAUUCAACAGACAAAAUCCUUCUCAUGACGGCUCCUACAACAGCGGCGCGUACAAUGGUUACCGCUACUAAGUAACUCACACGACAACUGCGAUCACACAUCAUUGAUAAUGGACUGUGAUACACCCACGAUAUUUAUAUAGCUUAUUGUAAAUAAAAUGCACAACUAUUUAU